UUCUGUAAUCCAAUACCGUAACUUUCUCUAAAUGGACACUUUUCUCCCCUUUUUGUAUAAUUAAUAGCAUUUCAAAAAUCCAUCUCCGAGUUUCUUCCUCUCUACUCAAAUCUUUGCUUCCGGAGUAGUCAUCUUCCUGAAUGCUCCAGGAAAUCUGUUUCUUUCAACGUUACCGGCUUUCUGAUUGAUCUUUGAAUUGCAUUUCGGUGGUUUGAUCGUAUUGGUAAUGUCUGUUGACUUUUGGGGGUUGGAUUUGUCAGGUCAUGGUUUGCCAUGAGGAUCCAAAGGUUGAUUUUUUUUAUUUUUUAUUUUUUGUGUUAGGGUUUGUCUGUUAUUGAUUUCCUACUGUCUAGGACAAUGGAGGGUUUGAUCAGAUUCAGAUGUUAUAUAUUGUAGGGGUCAUAAAGUUUGAAAUUUGAGAGUUGGCGUUUUCGAAUUGUUUGUCUCCGAGCUGAGAAAAUAGUCCUACGGUGAGCUGUGAAGAAUCAAUGCGCUCUUUUACCAGUUAUCCAUCUUCCAGGCAGUCUUUUGUCCGUUUUUGAUUUGUACAUUUAGGUUUCCAGGGGUCCUGUAUCCGUGGGUUGGUGUGAUUUCAAUGGAUAAGGUGCAUAAGGAUGUUAGGGAUGCUAAUGGAUACAAAAACAAGCCUUUAGACACAGUUGAAUCUCCAAAAGGGGAAGAUCAUACUGAUGGGGAGGAGGAAAGUGAGUCAAAUUCUUUGUUGCCACCCAAGAAAGGUGGGAUGUCAAGAAAGUUAGAUAAGACACGGCGAAAAGUGCAGUGGAAUGAUAGCAAUGGGAAUAAACUUGUAGAGGUUGUGGAAUAUGAACCAAGUGAUGUUAGUGAUUCUGAUGAUGAGGAUUCAGAUUCCUGUAUCUGUACUAUAAUGUAACAUAUAUAAAUUGGCAACUCUCAAAACUAAUCAGGAAAUCUCUGGUGUAUAAGUUGAUUGGAGCACUACCAUCGCCCUGGAUCUAUCAGCUUGAGUGCUAAUUAGCCAUGCUUCAACUUUGCUGUAAUUAGGAUCAACAAACCAAACAAAGGCUAAGCCAUGCAGUCUCCUGCCUAUAUUGCAAUUUAUCUAACCAACUUUCAAUGCGCUACCGUAGGCGGGUCUGUUAUAUCUGAUGAGAAUUGCACAGAUGUUUUUCCAGAGCAUUAAAGCAAAAUGGGGUGUGCUGCUUGCUUCUAUGUGGCUUGUAAAGUAUGCAAUUCUGUUUUUUUUGCUUCACUCCAUGUAUUAUGCGUAUGAGAUGAAUGAAAUUUGAGAGAUAAA